CGGAUUCUGGCUCACCCCCUCCUCUUUCAAGGUUAGCCAGAAUCCGAGCUGUGUAUUUUAAAUGGAGGGAUGGUCGAUCCCUCCCUUCCCUCCCCUAGCGACCGAGAAUUCUUCCCCCUCUCAAAGUGAGCCAGAAUCCGAGCUGUGUAUUUUAGAUGGAAGGAUUGUCGAUCCCUCCCUUCCCUCUCCUAGCGAUCGAGAAUUCACCCCCACUCUCAGAGUGAGCCAGUAACCGUAGUAUGUAUAAGUCCCAAUCUUCCCUUCUCCGUGUCCCGAAAAAAUUUAGAGGUGGGUUCAUGCUCCUCCUCCCUCGCGCAGGUAGAGAUGGCAACCCUCGCACGAGUAUUUUCCCUUGCCUUUACAAAUUGUAUUGGAGACAUUAUGCAUACCACUGUCUGCGUGUGAAUCACUCUCAGAUAGGUGAACCCCCGACUGCGCAGGUACUAUCCCUCACACUUUCCAUACGAUCCUCGCGCAGGUAUGGUCGACGACCCUCGCACAGGUGUUUUCCUCUACUUUUACUCAAUGUAUGCGAGAAAUGUUCACUAUACAGACUUCGUGUAGAUAAUUUACGGAUACGUAUACAAACUAUCCCACGCAGAUGUAUACAGCUUCUAGUGUCAGCUGUUUUCUGACUGAGAAACGCUAAGCUAGAAAAUAUUUACCACCGACUGUGCGUGCAGGUACUAUCCCUUGCACUUUCCCAGAGACAACACUGCUGUUUAAAAAUCAUUAGCCCAUUAUCUGAUUGGGUGUGUAGGGAACGCACAGAUGUCUCUCGCACCGAGAUACAGCAAUUUUCUUAGACGUCCUAAAUAAAUUCAGAGUGAGAUUUUCUCCAAGAUCUUUUCUUUUGAGAAGAGGAUAAUCUCGCAUUCUCACAGUCGAGAUUCGAAACAAAAGGGAGUGUCCACUAAGAGGAGAUGGACACUAGAUUUUCAAAAUUUGGUGAGGGAAAUUUUAGCACGAAUCGUAAGGCUUUCCACCCUCAAUAGAUGUGAGGAGGUGUGUUUUUCAAAAAUUAGGAGAGAAAACUUUUACACCAAUCACAGGACUUUAGAAAAAUGCUGUGGAAUGGGAAGGGGCUGUUUUCCCAAUAAAAAGCCCACCGUAGGCUGCGGUGAGUCAGUACAAUUUUCGGUUUUGAAAUCGAAUAUCGAGUGAAAUGGCACCCAAGAGGAGUCCAGGAAGCUGCAGCAGCAGCAGCAGGAAUAGCAUCAGGACGAUGCAGGAUAGAAUUCGGUGGCUAAUUGCCAACGCUCCAACAUUGCUUAUGAUGUUGGAGCAUGUCUCCUGGGCCAUGGAGGCCAUCAAUUCACGUAAGUAAAUAAUUAUUUUGAUUUUUCAUAAUUAAAAAAUAAAAAAUAAUUUUUUCAAAAUUUUUUUCAAUUUUUAGUGCCAUUGCUGCCACCACUUGCUGCCAUGCAGCAAUUAUAUGAAGGAAUUAGGCCAAGAAGCUCUUCGCCCAACCCUGCCCGCCGAGAGAGUCCAAGCUCGUCGUCCAGCACUGCCCGCCGAGAGAGUCCAAGCUCGUCGUCCAGCACUGCCCGCCGAGAGAGUCCAAACUUGUCGUCCAGCACUGCCCGCCGAGAGAGGCCAAGCUCUCAGCCCAGUACUGCCCGCCGAGAGGGGCCUUCAGCUGGACCGAGCACAUCAGCGAGUACUAGGCCCAGUCGUCCGGCGGAUAAGAGGACAAGCUCGAAGAGGUCGAGCUCCUCCUCGAGCUCUAGUUCGAGCUCCAGCACCUCAUCUAGUUGCGAGUCAUGCAAGUCGGUGAAGAGCAUGAGGGAUUUAAAACCGAUUCCGAAAAAAGCAAAAUUGGAUGGUGAUUCAAAAACUGAGAAGCCGUCAAGUCGCGGGCUGCUUAGUUUGAAGAAACUAAGCAGUAGCAGUGGCAUGCAGCCCAUAACUCAACAGCAACAACAGCAGCAACCACGGCAGCAACAACAGCAGCAGCAGCAGCAACAACAACAGCAGCAGCAACAGCAGCAACAACAGCAGCAACAACAACAGCAGCAGCAACAUCAGCAGCAACAACAGCAGCAGCAACAUCAGCAGCGGCAGCAACAACAAAGGAAUGUUCCGCGAAUUAUCGAUAUGGAGAUUGUGAUCGACCCUAUCGAUGUAACAAAAUUAAAAAAAAAAAGUAAUGUAAAAAUUUAUUAAUUUUUUUUGUGAGCCUAUGUACAAAAAAUAG